CACAAAACUCGGCAACAUGUCAGACUCGGAAUCCGAAGGAGGCGUGCCUCUGAUCGAGGCGGAGUUCGACCCUACGGCAAACUCGAAAAAGAGAAAGGCAGAGGCAGAGGUGGAGGGCGGAAUCGACAGCAAGAAGGAAAAGAAGAAGGCGAAGAGAAAGCAGAAGAAACAGGCGCGAGCAAAGAACAUUGACGAGGAUGACCUGGACCAAGAGUUGGGCGUGAACCACGCCUUUGAGCGCAUGGAUGGCCAGCUAGUAGCAGACUAUGUGAAUGCUCGAACACGGCUCUACGGCAAGGACCUGAGCAGUGUCGAGCUCGAAGACAAGUUCAUUCCUGCACGCACCGUGUAUGACAGCACCAGCUACAGCGACGCCCGCAAGCUGGACAACCUCCCAGCGUUCCUCAAGAAGCAAUUCGGCAAUCUGAAGCCCACGUCGAAUAAACCACCCGGAGCACCGCACACAAUUGUCGUCACUGCGUCUGGGAUCCGCGCGGCCGAUGUCUGCCGGUCGCUCAAGAGCGGGCUGCCCAAGCAGGGCAUCAAGGAUGCAAAGGUGGAGAAGCUGUUUGCAAAACACUUGAAGCUUGCAGACCAGAUAGCGAGUCUGAAGAAGAACAGGGUGGACUACGGCGUCGGCACACCUGACCGGCUGGCUGCGCUCCUCGAGGAGAAGGCGCUGUCUACGGAGAAUCUCAAGCGAGUGGUGGUGGACGUGUCGUACAUUGACCAGAAGAAGCGCGGCAUCCUCGACAUGAAGGACCUGCACGAGGCGCUGGUCAAACUGCUGCUACGGGGAGAGUUCAUGGGGGCGGACCGGGAGGGCGGCGACGAGCUGUUUGUGUUUUAUUGAGUAUAGCAUGUGAUAGUCGGUGGAGUUCAAGAUCGCUGCGAAGUCGCAAGAUACCCUAGAUAGCCUGAAUGGCGAACAUCCCAAGUCUAUCGAAUGCAUGUGCAACAGCCUGAAAUAGACGCACGACGCAGAUCAGAUGCAGGCGGGCUCGCUAGACAGGACUGGGUGUCUCGGAAGUGCAGCUCCAAACAUGC